AUGGCGGCCUUCAAUGCCUCGAGGUCCCUUUUGCGGGGCUUCAGCGCUCGGGUCCCCCCUUCUGAGCUAUUCGCCUGUCGACAAUGUUUACAGAAUCGCGGUCACGUCGCAAGGCCAUUCAGCAGCCGGACUGCGACCCCCGUGUCUCCACGACAAGCGAAUCGCCUCAAUUCGUAUGUUGCCGCGCUCAGAAGCAAAUUCAAGCCAUCGGCAUUCACUCGGGCAGCUUCUCUAUCUACUACGGCAGCAGAACAACCGUUGAAACAAGGGGCCGACGCCAAAGGGAAAUCCAGUUUCCCAGAUGUGAGCAGCAAGUCCGUCGCGUACUGGCUUCUGGGUAGUGCGCUGAGUGUGUUUGGAAUUGUCGUGUUUGGUGGAUUAACUAGGUUGACGGAAUCUGGACUCAGCAUCACCGAAUGGAAACCAGUUACAGGCUCGCUACCUCCCAUGAACGACGAGGACUGGGAGGCGGAAUUCGCAAAAUACCGAAAUUCGCCCGAAUACAAAAUCUUGAACCCUAAUAUGAACCUCUCCGAGUUCAAGUCGAUUUACUACAUGGAAUGGAUCCAUCGACUCUGGGGCAGAUUCGUGGGACUGUCAUUCGUCAUUCCUGCAGUGUACUUUGUGGCUAGGAAAAAGGUCUCGAAGCCGAUGGCCUUGCGCCUGGCCGGUAUCUCAGGGCUCAUCGGAUUCCAAGGGUUUAUCGGAUGGUGGAUGGUGAAAUCAGGCCUAAAAGACGACCUUUUCGCACCCGGAAGCCACCCAAGAGUUAGCCAGUACCGACUGACAGCUCAUCUCGGUGCUGCUUUCAUUUGCUAUGUCGCCAUGCUCUGGAAUGGACUUGCUAUUUUACGAACUCGCCGUCUCUUGGCCAACCCGACGGCUGGUAUCAAGACUCUCCAGGAACUCCAAAACCCCAAGCUUGCGAUAUUCCGUCGAUCUGUUGCCGGUCUGGCACUCUUGGUAUUCACCACGGCAAUGUCUGGCGCACUUGUCGCUGGCCUCGACGCCGGUCUCAUCUACAACGAGUUCCCGUACAUGGGCAACGGCCUGGCUCCACCCAAGGACGAACUCCUCGACGAGAGAUAUUCACGACACUCUGACAAAUCGGAUCUUUGGUGGAGAAACAUUCUUGAGAACCCGUCUCUAGUACAGCUCGACCACCGUAUCCUCGCCAUGACCACAUUCACCACCGUAAUGGCCCUCUGGGCGUACUCACGAAGACCCGGAAUGCGAAACAUCUUGCCGCGACCUGCAUCUAAGGGCAUGCAUGGUGUUGUUGGUUUCACGUUUCUACAGGUUGCGCUGGGGAUUUCAACGCUGAUCUACCUUGUCCCUACUCACCUUGCCUCGUCGCACCAGGCUGGCAGUCUUUUCCUGUUGACCUGGGUUCUUGUGCUCGGUAGCAGGGUAUGGCAUCCAUCGAGAACAGCCAAGUUGUUGCAGAUGGCAGCAAAGGCAAAAAAUACGCCUGUGAAUGCGUCUACCUUUAAUGCGAUUAAGAAAUAA